AUGGAUUCAACAAUUGAUUUAUCUCAACAAUUAAAUCAUGUUGAAGAACAAGAAAAUAAUACAGUAUCAUCCGAUAAUCUUCCUGAUGAAGAAGAAAAUAUUCAAGAACCAGUACCUGUUUCAGAAUCUGAAGAUACGACUGAUAUUAAAACUAAUAAUAUAAGUGAUGAUAUACAAGAAACAGAUACAACAAUCAGUUCAACAAAUAUGGUUACAGCUGAAGCAUCAUUUACUGAAGCAACAUCAGCUGAUUUACCCAUAGGAGCAACACGUUCGUCAGUAGCUCGAAUUCUUGUUAAACCUGGACAAAUUUUUCGUGUUCAAGUUGAUAAUGAAGUCAAAGAAGUACAUGGUAAGUUUAAUCAUAUUAGCUAA